AAACUGGGUAGGAGGAGGUCAUUUUUUUUUUUUAAACAAGUUAGCAUCCUUUCCUCUUCCUUACAAGUUGAUGCAAAGGAUAAGGCUGUGACUCCACUGGAUUGCACCUUUAAAUCAAGAUAGGAGAAGAAGAAGAAAGGGACAAUGGCUCUGAGUGGAAACUGUAGUCGUUACUAUCCUCGGGAACAAGGGGCCGCAGUUCCCAACUCCUUCCCUGAGGUGGUAGAGCUGAAUGUCGGGGGUCAAGUGUAUUUCACCCGCCAUUCCACGUUAAUAAGCAUCCCUCAUUCCCUCCUGUGGAAAAUGUUUUCCCCAAAGAGAGACACGGCUAACGAUCUAGCCAAGGACUCCAAGGGAAGGUUUUUCAUUGACAGAGAUGGAUUCUUGUUCCGUUACAUUUUGGACUAUCUCAGGGACAGGCAGGUGGUCCUGCCUGAUCACUUUCCAGAAAAAGGAAGACUGAAAAGGGAAGCUGAAUACUUCCAGCUCCCAGACUUGGUCAAACUCCUGACCCCCGACGAAAUCAAGCAAAGCCCGGAUGAAUUCUGCCACAGUGACUUUGAAGAUGCCUCCCAAGGAAGCGACACGAGAAUCUGCCCCCCUUCCUCACUGCUGCCCACCGACCGAAAGUGGGGCUUCAUCACUGUGGGCUACAGGGGAUCCUGCACUUUGGGCAGAGAGGGACAGGCAGAUGCCAAGUUUCGAAGAGUUCCCCGGAUUUUGGUUUGUGGAAGGAUUUCUUUAGCAAAGGAAGUCUUUGGAGAAACUCUGAAUGAAAGCAGAGACCCUGACCGAGCCCCAGAAAGAUACACCUCCAGAUUUUAUCUCAAAUUCAAGCAUCUGGAAAGGGCUUUUGAUAUGUUGUCAGAGUGUGGAUUCCACAUGGUGGCCUGUAACUCCUCGGUGACAGCAUCUUUCAUCAACCAAUAUACAGAUGACAAGAUCUGGUCAAGCUACACUGAAUAUGUCUUCUACCGGUCUAUUAAGCUGGUUGCUGAAGAUGUGCUUUCAUCAAGGGCUUUGAAAACACAAAUGGAUGUUGCACUGAAUGACGUGGUCUUGGCUAGAUGGCAGUACAGACUGCUGAAAGCCCCCUAUCUCCCCCCUAGUCUGAAAUUUGCCUUUAAGGGCUUUACAGAUCUGUUAUUUGAUUCUUUAGCAUUUUGUACUGAGACUUGA